AUGUCUUAUGUUCAUACAUUGGUAAAAGAAGAUACAAAACGUAAGCUGGAAGCCCUGGAUGAUUCUGAAGUAGCCGGAAUCUGUGCAACAUCAGAAGUGAUUCGUUAUGAGUAUCAUGUCUUGUAUUCCAGCAGCUACGAAGUACCUGUGCUUUACUUUAGGGCAUGCUUUUUAGAUGGAAGACCUUUAACUCUAGAUGAAAUUUGGGAAGGCGUUCAUGAAUGCUACCGGGCUCGUCUACUGGAGGGGCCCUGGGACACCAUUACACAACAGGAACACCCAUUACUUGGUCAACCAUUCUUUGUCCUUCAUCCCUGCCGGACUAAUGAAUUCAUGGCUCCUGUAUUGGCUAAUUCACAAAGAGAAAACAGGAAUAUGAACUACAUUACAUCAUGGCUGAGUAUUGUAGGCCCAGUUGUGGGGCUAAAUCUACCUCUGAGUUAUGCAAAACUAGUGUCUGAACAGAAUACAAAAACGGAUUAAAUCAAAAGGGCCCCAAGUUGAAGCAGAGGUAUUUGUGAAUUGUAGAGCUACUGCAGCCAUGUCUGCAACGGAUCUGACACAAACUACCCAGUUCCCUGCCAGUCAGCACUGCUCAAUAAGGCUUGCCAUUUGGGGCUUUUCCCCCUGGCAGCAACAUGCCUGAUGACAGCUGAACACCUAAGAGCUGGCUGCAAUUAGUGACGCCUCAUGUACCACCCGGACACAAGCUCCAUUCCAUGUGACAGCACUGACUCUUUACGAUUCACUUACUCAUUUCCUACCUCAGAUUAUCCCUCCUUUUUUCCUUGGGUUUGGUCUUUACUGAGACUAUAUCAGAACACCUAUAAAAGGCUGAGUUUUCUGGCAUGGGAUUGAAACAAUGGAUUUAAUUCUACUCUGAAAGAUAUCAGACAGCACCACUGUGUAUCUAGAGAAGUAUGCUAUCAGUCUGCAGACAUCCACAAUGAUGCAGUUAUAUAUGUGAACAUGGGCUUGAGUCCAAUUUAGGGUUAGUAUGUAACCUGGAGAGGAUAGUGACACUUAAUUGCCAAAACUCUGAUUGCCAGAUACCUCAGAGUGUAUUGGAGAAUGUAUUGUAUAUGUAUUGCUUAAUUGAACAAAUGGGUCAGAAUUAUAGAUGAAUAGUACUAAUAGUCUAUGUAUUGGUUACAAUUCUACAAUUCAGGGUGCCUCAGUACAAUCAUGUGAGCAUGCUGCUUCUUCCUUCUUCACUAUUUCUAAAGGAUUUUGUCUCCAAGGGAAGGUACUGUUGUAGUAAAUUAGCAUUUCUGGUUGAGCUAGUAGUUAUUCAUGAAUAAAGGCCUGAUCCUGCAGUCCUAACUCAAGCUAAACUCCCACUCAUAUCAAUGGAGUUUUGAGUGAUUAGAGAUUGUAUAACAGGGCCCCAAGAUCAGCAAAAAACAGGCUAGAAAUAACUUUAGUAUGACAAUCAGUUUUGAUUCCUUCUGAAUCACGUUUUGUUCCAAGUGUUCUGAAUUUAUUUUGUACAGUUGCUCAGUAGAUAAGAAUUACAGAUUUUGCCUUUAUGUGUUCAGUGAAGAUGACACUUACACGGGGAGUCAAAUAUUAGUAUAUGUUGGAUCAAAACUGCAAAUGUAAAAUUUAUGGGAUUUAAAAAUCUGUGUUCUUAGAAGUUUUAUCAUCUUCAUGUUAUUAACUUAGUUGCAAUAUGUGUGUUUGUGAUGUGAAACAUAAUACAAUCCUUAAAAUGCUAUUGACAAAGUGAAAUUCUUUUGCUAGGCCAUUUGGAAUUCAUAGUAAAUGAUACUAAAACACAUUAUUUAUCCUAUACUGGAUUCUAAUGAUCGGUGAUAUCUUUGUUCCCUCCAUGACUUGUAAAAUGUAGUUCUUUGAUGACUUUUCAUGACAGCAGUCAGAUUGCCUUCUUUUCAAAACAUUUGGUUAUGUAUGUUUUAUUGUAAACAAUAUCUAUAUCCUAUUUCACACAUUGAAAGAAGAAUUAUUUCUCUUUAUACACGAGGAGAAACAAACAAGAGGAAAAUAAUAUGAUUUUAAAUCUGUAUUUAGAAGCCCAGAUGCUCAGCCUUGCUUCAUGCCCUUUGUGCUGCUCCAGUGAAGCAAAGGGGCUCAAACAACCAGCUGAAGAUUCCCAGCUGGUCAAACUGCUUCUGCCUCCACCCCAGCAUAAGAGAUAGGAUGAGGUGUGGCCAGAGCAAAUUGUGUUUUGGCAAUCCUGGGACACUGGAAUGGCGGCUAGUCCCAGUGUAAAUAAGAGAAGGCUGCUCUACUUGCACUGAGGGUUGAAUUAGCUCCCACUAUCCUCGGGAUCAGGCAGGGGAGGCACACAAAAAAUACACAGUUCCAUAUACGUGCAUGCACAAGUAUGCACACACAUGCACCAGGUGCACUGACUGCUGUAUGGCCAUAUUGGAGGAUCUAGCUCAUGGUUAUCUUUAUGUAGCAUUGCAGAUGUUACCCAGCAUUGACCUAUGGGUCAAAUGUACAGAAUAAACAAGUCCUUGCCGCCAAGAAAUUCAAUUUUUAAGAUACAGGGCCAGUAAAAUAUGACACAGAAUGCACAGAGUAGGAUUUAAUGUAUAUAGCUGGAGUGCUUGUUUUAAAAUAUUCUUCAUAGGCCUAGCGUGGAGGAUUCCUUGAUAAAGAACCAACAGAUAUUCUUUUUCACUUUCAAAGUCUUAUUUAUUGGACUAGUUUUUGGCCACUUGUCAGAAAACAGCAGUAACAAAAUGGUUUGGAGUAAAAUUUAUUUGCAUAGUUUCCUAGCUAUUUCUAGGAGACUAACACUUCCUGUUUUCCAGGCAUAGCAGACUUGUUGAUAAUACUCCUUCCAGUCAUGACUAUUCUAUACUAUUUACCCAAGAUAAUCCUUGUUUAUUACAAGUUCCACAAAACACUGCCUUGAGGCGUUACUGUGAAUACAGUCUUUCUGCCUAUGUGACAGCAUUAGAUAAAUUAACUCAUGGGAUAUAAUUCUAGACAAAGGAAGUUCAGCUUGUAUCAUUUAUUAAUGCAGUUACUCAUAUGAGGCCAUAGCUAGCAUAACCUGAGACUGGUGAGGUAAGUAUGAAGUUAGUCCAACAGAAUGGACCCUCACCACCCUUCUGUUCAGUCAACAUUCCUUUACAGACCCGAUUUUCUCUGUUUCAUCCAAACCUUACAAAGAAAUGGGGUUGCCACAUGAACUGAGAAAUCGACAUUCAGUUCCUUUUAGACGGAACAGACCCCAUUGUACAACAUGGUUUUCCCUCUUUCAUUUAUCAUUGUAAACAAGACCCAGAUGAUUUGGAAAAAGCAUGGCACAUUGUCUUUGAUUUCAGAUCUGUCCUUGAAGAGCUAACCCCAGGCACUUGCCACAUGGGUAGCUACACCGGGCACUUUUUUUCCCCAGUACAUUCCUCCCACCAUACCUCUAGGAGCACCCUUUACCAAUAACACACUCUGCACCUGCUUUGAAAAGCAAACUGUUUCCAGUUUUUGAAGCCCAUUCAUGUCCAGCUGAUAAACCCCUUCUAAAUCCCAACCGAUUAAUAAUCAGCACCUUGGUGCUGCUCUCACAGUUGCUUAGAUACUAUGAUAAUGGAUACUAAAUGCAAAGAUAAAUAGGAAGGUUACAGCAAGUGGGAGAGUUGGACACAUAGAGGAGUGAUUUGGCAAAACGCAUCAUAUAUCUCUUAAGUUUGUAUAUUUAGCACUAACAAACAACUAAAGAGUCAGAUCAUUAAGAUGGUUAGUUCAAAAAUUCUCUGUAUUUUGGCUAAGAUGUCAACAGUAAUAAAAAAUAUUUAGUAUAAGUAAUGUAGUGACCUUGUAAAACAUUUAACACGUUUGCUCACAAAAAUCCUAUCUAAUUUCAAAAUUAUAUCAAUCACCGGUGCUAUAUUUCAUUUUGUUUGGCAAGUAUGUUCCAAAACACCUAAGUUUUUGGCAGCAUGGGUUACUCUUUAAGUUUUGCAAAACUGCUACAGAAAAGUUUUCAAUUAUAAAGCAGUUUUAAAACUCCUUAAGUUUCUCGUCUGAAAUCUGGAAAGAAAUAUUGAGAAUCCUACUACUGGAGACUCUUUCUUAAAGGAAGCUACCAAUACUUGUCUUUGAUUGCAAUUGAGCACAUGGGGCUUGUUACAUUUUCUGAUUCUUGUAGUUUGCCUUUGGUUUCUGGGGGAGGCAGGAACACUGUUCUACAUAUGUAAACUUUUUUUGCAUCUAGGCAUAAUCUGCUCCAAUAGAAAGUUUGGUUUUGGCAUAAAUAUUCUGAGUCAAAUUAAUAUUCUCAUUUUCAAUCAGUAGUGACUACACUGAUUUCAGUUUACACUGGGCAAUAUUAGAGCAGGAUAUGGUCAGGUAACUUAAAUUUAUCCCUGGUCUAACGCCAUUGAUUUCAUUGACAUAUUUCCAGAAAUGAAUUUGGGGCAAUAGUUCUUUGCCAGCUGACACAGCUAUGAUUCAGUGAGUUAUUGUUGACUUUUACAUUUCAAUGUACAUUACACAGACUUUCAGUCGCAACAAAAAAAUAUUGAGUAACUUCUAUUCCAUUAUAACACAGCCUGAACUGUGAAGUUCCUACUGGCUCCUUUAUAAUUCUGUCAUCUAAAAAGUCUAGCUUACAGUAAUGUGUUAUGUAUCUUGUAAAAGACACAGUUUUUAAAAGUGUUUUUGUGAUUCACCCCCUUAGCAAUAAGAAAGGGAAGUCAUAACAAGUGCUUACCAGCUGGAAGAGAAAGAUACAGCUAGAAGCUCCUACUGCCCACUUUCAGGCUGCAGCUGCUUGACUGCUAAAUUUAAAAGACCAGCUUGAGAACAGCAUUCUGGGAAAGUACUGCUGGGGAGCGUUAGUGGGAAUAGGAAAGUGCUGUGCUUACCACUGUUAGGCCCUAGUUUUCAUUAGGUUGUCACCAAGUUUUGUUUUUUUAAAACUCCAAGGAAACUUUCACUUAAGAAUUCAAGGGACUGAUAAAACUGUGACUUAGUAGGGAGGAUUUUUAACUGAAGGUUGGGGAGCCAUUCACUUGUUUGAUAAGAGGAUGAUGUUUAUAGAAGACCUUAUUGAAACACCUUUCCCUAUUCUCAAGCCUGUCAGAACACAACCUCCCUUUCUGCAGCACCAGUGGAUUUUUAUCUUGUGGUAGCUUUGCUAGAGCAACAUCCGGUGCUUAAUUCACCCUGGAGGGUCGUAUCUGGAGGAGAGCAGGCAGUUUGCUCCUCUGUGGUUGCUCUUCCUAAACCACACCAGCAGGCACUAGAUAGAGGAAGACACUAAUUCAGUGCCUCAUUUACCCAUGUCCCUUUUCCUAGUCAUUGCUGGCUAGCUUCAGGCUCAUUGACAGAGCAGAGUGUGUGCCAGUGGUGUAGCUAGGAGUGGAAAUUUGGGUAGACCCCAAUUUAUGGUGGAUGGGCAAUUACCAAAGUUCUGGAGAUCACAGCAAAACAUGUAUUUUGCAUAUUACUAUACUAGAUACAUAUUGCUAUUGCAUAUUAUAUUUAUUUGAAUUCUUGGGGGCCAGGAUUGUAGGAUGCAGAGAAGGAAUUUGCAUGCAGGGAGCCUAGGGACUGGGCUGGCCAGUGGAAAUGGGCAAUCCCCACAGCUCUUGGGUUGUCAGGGCUGGGGGUGCUGGUGAGCGCCUGUGCAGCGCCCGGCCAGGCCCACCGACAGGGGGUGCCUGGGUGAGUUAAAAGGGCCCAGGGGCCGCCGGCUGCUGCAGCGGCAAUGGCAGCUGGGAGCCCCAGGCCCUUUUAAAUUGCCCAAGCGGGCCGCAGGGCUCCUUGGCGUGCAUGGGGUGGUACCGGCGGCAGCGAAGGCAGUCGGUCAGGCAUGUGGAAGCCCUGGCCGUGCUGGAAGAGUGCCCAUUAACUGUUCUCCCCUGGGGCCCAGAAUUGCUGUCGGCAGGCCUGGGCCUGGCUGACACCAAAGUUGUUGAGAACCAGGAGAAGUUUGCAGCACUGGGUAGAGGCAGGGAUGGGGCCAGCCAUGGUGUUCUGCAGAUGGGCCAAGAGGCAACUUCUCUUAAGCCAAGUCUCCCUGAACCUCAACCACAUGGACAUUGGCUUCUGCAUUCACAUAGGCUCAGAUUUGGGUGGGCCUGGGUGCUAAUUGGGUAGACCAUGUGUCCACCCAUGCCCACCCCUUGUCUGCGCAGCCCCUUGUGAGAAAAUUUUCACCACCAAUGAUCUGCAUCCCUGGGUUACACUGCUGGAAGCUGGCUGAAUCAACCUCCCAUCCCCUCAACUUCAGCAUGUCACCUUUAGUGUACAGCACCUUGAAAUGCAGAGGGAAAAGCUCAUGUUGCUGGCUAUUGCUAUAGUGGGCGUAGCUCCAAAUUUGAUGCUUCCUCUACCUCCAGAGCCAAUGAGAGCCCAAAGCAGGGUGGCACACUGGCUGAGCCUGUGUGAGAAAAGAUUUGGCAAACUGUAGAAAUGAGCUAAUCCUUUUUCUCUUUGCACCUGAUCCAAAAUAAAAUCCGAAACUGUUACUAGUAGAUCGUAGCCAAGCUUUACUUGGCCAAGGGAAGACUGAGCCAGAUGCUGGAGAUACUGUUCUCCAAGCAUCAUAAGGUUCAUUCUCUCACAUCCUAAAGUUAGCUGUCACUUGCCUACUGUGGUCAACCAUCUGCUUUAAUAUUUAUACAUGCCCUGCUUUAUGAAGCAGGAACAUUGACUAGUGUUGAUGAAAGAAUCACACAGCAAAGCGGAACUAGUUCUUUCUUCUCCAGGCUCCUCUCUGAUGUAUUUGUAUUGACUCCUGUUUUGGGGGAUUUGGCUUUAAUAGCGGGUGGUUGUAAGAUUUAUAAAGUGUAAAACCAUUUGUAUAGGAAGGUCAAAUAUCUGAGUUACUUUUUAAUUUAUUUGGGCUUUGACUGCUUUGACUUUCUUUCUGGAGCAUCCUUUCUUCCAAAUAACACAAGUCUGAGCUCCUCCGAGCUGGCAGAAUACACAAACGUGUUCUCUGGACAAAUCCUGACGCCAUUUGCUAACUCACCCGUUUGACAUGUUGUUUAGCCUGUAUGACCUAAUAACAUGGGUUCAUUAAACAAAUUAAAAUUCAACUUGAAACAAA